AUGGCACAGAUAGACGACCAGGGCAAUCAGUCUCAGCAGGGUGUCACCGACUUGGUUGAACAACUACGUGUACUGGCAGACAAGGACAACGGUCAAGCGGAAUUGCUCUCGGUUCUGGAUCAGCUUGCCGUCGUUUUGAGAGAUGAUCUCCCUCAGAUACUGGUAGCUCAGCUCAAGAGCCAAGACGAGGAAGUUUUAAGACAAGUGGGCAGAGUAGCAGCGAACUUGGUCAUUGGUUGUGAUGAAAACCGAGAGCGUCUGAUUGGUGCCGGCUACAUAGAUUCCGUGCUAUCGACAAGGGCUUUUGAUUCGCAGUCACAGCAGAAGCCAGGAUCAUCAACACUGUCUCUGGCAGCCUCGAUACAUAACUUGGUCGUAGAAAAGCAUGGUGAGUCCGCUCAAUCCCAGACAAUAGCUGACCUGGUAGCCGCUGUUAUCGCCGCCUUAAAGCAAGAUUUACAUUUACCGACACUCCUCGAGUUCGCCCGACGCUGGACAAACACUUUCUAUCAACUGGAUCCACUAGACCCAACAGUCACGAUUAUACGGUGGUCCUGGUCGAUACUUUCCAUCGUGUUUGAGGAACCCCCUUCGUCGCUUCCUCAUUCCACUUUGGAUAUCUUCAUCCUGCCCUUUUCUUCAAUCUCGUCCGAUAUCGACACUCAUCUCCAUAUCAUCACUAGCGCAAGUGAUAUCUUAGAAGCCAUCUUGACACCAGAAGGCCCGCUGCGUCAGCAAAUCCUACCUCAUCUGGAUGUCCUGCUGGAAUUCGUCGAGAAUGCUGAAGUUCCGGAAGAGGCGAAAGAGGAAACAGAAGAUGAGGACGAAGAAAGCGACGAAGACGAGGCUCCCGAUCGUACCAAAUCUCUGGCAAGUGCCAAAGCAGCUAUCAUACGCGUGUUACUACUUGAGGGUGACUCUUCCCUUUUACCAGUGAUACUACCCCUUCUUUCCCCUUCCACCCCAGCGACGACUCAACAUGCCGUUAUAGGCUUAGUGAGAAAUCUUUCGGUACCUAUUGAAACGAAGACGAUCCUGGGCGAAGCAGGAGUGAUAGGAAGACUUACAGAGAUGAAGGUAUGGUCUCAGGAGAAAGACCUGUUGGGUUCUGUUCAAGGUGGAGCUGCCGUGAUAUUGAAGAAUCUAUGUCGGAAUGAUGUCAAAAACUCUCAUCGAUUUCUUGCUCAACCACUUGACCCUCUCCUUGAUCUGAUCAAACGUGCGGAAGACUCAGCAUUGAGGUUCGAAUGUACGAGACUUCUGGUCAACAUCAUCAAGUCGCUCUCUUUAGCAAAGGAGUCUCUGAACCCUGUGGCAGACCAACGUGUCGUGGAUGCUCUAGUGCGGAUGCUGGUGGAUGGUGCUCAAUAUAUGAUAUUACAGAGUGAAUCGGUCAUUGCCCUGACGUUGCUGGCGACAUUUGGAGGAGGUCAAAUGAACACCAUCGUUUCUGCAUCGCUCGAAGGUCCAGGUGUUCAAGCUGUACAACAGUUGGCCGAGAACCCUCGACGUGAGAUCAAGGAGAAUGCUCAAACCUUACUUAGUGCUAUAGAUCGUUGA